AUGGUUUUUCAACUUGCAAUCAUUGGCUGUUGUGCUGUGAGCGGAAUAAUUUGGUUGAAACAAAAGCAGGAAUUUGUGCAGUUGUUUAGUAUCCCGCAAUUUGCUGCUCUUCAAAAGGAAAAUUUAGCCAAACGUGAAAUAAUAAGUGAUAUGAAAAAUGAAAUAGUAAGAGCUGUAUAUUAUGAGGAAAAAAAUAUGGUAAUGUUUUAUGACAAUGACACGAAAGUUAAUGGUAUUUGUGGCGAAAUAUGGUAUCUUCUUGCGGAUUAUCUCAAUUUCACAUUUAUUCCAAUGAAAACGACUAAUCGAAAUUUUGGUGAGAGGCUUAAAAACGGCAAUUAUACCGGCAUAAUUGGUAUGCUAAUGAGAAAUGAAGCACAGGCAAUCAUGAGAACUGGAUAUUUUAUAAAUCGUAUGGAUCUCUUGGAUUAUACAGUACCUCUUUGGAUAAGCGAAUUUCACAUUUAUACUCAACCGGAAUUGCAAUUUGAUAAUACAUGGGUAUUUACGCUAUUUUGCCCAAAAACAUGGUAUUCUAUAAUAUUCCUGUUUAUUAUCCUAAGUUUCAUUGGUUAUUUUCUGCAAAAAUUACUGAUGGAUUACAAGCUCAAAAAUAAAAUUUCCAUAAAUUUCAGCCUAAAUGAUCAUUUUUUUCAUUCUUUCGCCAUGAUGUGCGCACAAGGAUACAUACCUGAUGCUUUUUACAACAAAUUUAAGAUUUUGUCAAUAUCAAAAAGUAUAUUCGCAUGGCUGGUAUUGUUAGCUUUUAGUUCUCAUCUCAUAUAUCGCAUGACGGUUAAAGAAACGAUACUACCAUUUAAGGAUGUAGAUACUCUUUUUUCCAAUACAAAGAAAAUCCUGUUAGCAUUUCGUGGCUCCAUCAUUUACUAUGAUCUUAACAAUAAAUAUGGAAAUAAUGUGAAUGGUAAAAAUCUACUUGAGCGUGUUCAAUUCAUAGAUAUUGCAGAGGAUAUGCAUAACACAAUUUGCAGUAAUAUAAAGAAGUAUGCAAUGUUUGAGAUUGACGAUCGAUUUAUGGCAUUGAAUAAAAAAAACGAUUGCCCGCUCAUAGCUAUUGGUAAUUACAACAAGACUUAUAUAUCAUUUGGAUUUCAGAAGCAUUAUCCUUACAAAAAAAAUAUAGAUUAUGCACUCAUCAAAUUUAAUGAAGUUGGAUUAAUGGACGCUCUUAAAGAUCGUUGGAUGGAUAUAAGAAUGGAGGAAUAUAAGAAUAUAGAAGAAAUACAGUUCAAGACGAUCGACUUGCAUCAAAAAACAUAA